GAUCGGCGUUCGGCAGGCGCAGGCUGUUUGGCGGAUGACAGAGCGGGUAAAGAUGGCUUGAGGUUGAUCAUGGCUCUCUCUCGAGGUUUGAGAUGCUGUCAGAGGAUUUUCUCCUGGAUUCCCGUCAUCAUCAUCUCAUGUGUCGUGCUCUGGUCUUAUUACGCGUAUGUCUUUGAGCUGUGUAUUGUUACUCUCCGCAAUAACGUCGAGAGGGCGACCUAUCUGUUGACAUUCCAUAUGUGCUUUAUCAUGUUCUGGUGGACCUAUUGGAAGGCCAUCUUCACACCACCCUCCACACCAUCUAAAAAGUUUCAGCUAUCGUACACGGAUAAGGAAAGAUACGAGUUGGAGGAGAGGCCAGAUGUUCAGAAGCAGAUUCUUGCCGAUAUCGCUAAGAAACUUCCUCUUUUCACACGCGCUCAGUCAGGAGCUAUCAGGUUCUGUGAUCGCUGUCAGGUGUUAAAGCCAGACCGCUGUCACCACUGCUCCGUCUGUGAAACAUGUGUUUUGAAAAUGGAUCAUCACUGUCCAUGGGUGAACAAUUGUGUCGGCUUCUCCAACUACAAGUUCUUCUUGCUCUUCUUGUCUUACUCUAUGCUGUACUGUGUGUUUGUAGCAUCGACAGUGUUUCAGUACUUCAUCAAGUUCUGGGUGGGAGAUCUUCCCAACGCAUCGGCCAAAUUCCACGUGCUGUUCCUGUUGUUUGUGGCUCUCAUGUUUUUUGUCAGUCUCGUGUUUCUGUUUGGUUACCACUGUUGGCUGGUGGCUAAAAACAGAUCCACGUUAGAGGCGUUUUCGGCACCAGUGUUUCAGAACGGUCCUGACAGGAACGGCUUUCAUCUUGGGCUCAGCAGAAACCUCCAGCAGGUGUUUGGGGAAAAUAAAAAGCUCUGGUUUGUGCCAGUGUUCACAAGUGAAGGUGAUGGGCAUUACUUCCCUGUGAGGACCGUGCAUGACUCUGAAAACCCUCUACUGGCCAAUGAGGAGAAAUGGACUGAGGACGGUGGAUCAGACGAGGAGAACGCAGAUCGUGAACUGCUUGUUUCAGAGGAUGAGAAUGUCUCGUCUACAGUCACCAUCACCAAUGAAUCAUAAUCUCUGGAGCGGAUGUGUGUUUGUGUGACACACGACUUGAUCCAGAAUGCACCAGUGCUUCAGUGUGAUGACUGCAUUCCAGCUCCGCAUCAUUCCAGAACAGCAUCUGUAUAUAGACGACAGCGAGCAUUUGUCUCCUAGAACUCAUUGUGAAGAACAUUAACAUAUAUUUCAUAUUUCUGACGAGGAACAGGAACACCACAGGACAGCUGAUGUUGUUGACCUGUUGGACAGUGUUUUAUAACACACCUGACACACACCGCUCACGAGAUUGAACAGUUGGAGGUGUUGUACAGGGCUUUUCGUUGCUGUCUGCUGUGUUUUAUAUCACACAAUGGAGUGAAUUUCAUGAAUGAACAUGUCUGGAUCAUAUCUCAAGGCCAAAAUCAAAAGAAAGAUAAAAGUGAACUUUUAGGACCACUUGAAAAGGUUUUGUGUCGUGGCCUUGCUUUAAUGAGGAAAACAUCCAACCUUCAUUUAUUAUUACAGUAAUGCCAAUAAAUACAGUUAUGAAAUAAAAUAAAUAUUAUUGUGUUGUGAACAUUGAAUACAAAUGUAAUGUAUUUAAAUUGUAGAGUAUUUUUAUAUCAUACCCAGUGUUUGUCAUGCUGGUUUUAAUUGAUAUCAGCAUUUUUUUUUUACAAUGAAUGUUUUUACUUCAGUACAAUGGUUUCUUUUGAUUUUGGGUCCUGGACAUUAUUCAUGCGAUCCAUCCAAUGGUACAGAGAUAGAAACACAGCUGCUUCAGGGUGUGUUGUCACCACUGAAUUUAAGUUUGUUUAUUGAGUUGAGAAGAAAUCCUUUGCAUUUUCCCCACUGUAUUUGCCUGACAGUUUUAUGAAGCUUUUUUAUUUUAAGUCACUCAGACUUUGUCUAUUCCUCUGGUCAAUAGAAAGCAGUCUUGAUUGAUUUCUUUUCUUUGCAUUCUGAUGCAAUAUAAACAUAUUUUGAAUUAUAAAUUGAGAUAUGCAUCUCCACAUUAACCUAUUGUACUGGCAGUGUAUGUUGGCAAUAGCAACAUGCCUAAAGAAGUAAGGCUUAUGUCUUUGUCAUUUUGAAAACAAUCAUUUAAAAUUGGAUAAAUCAUUGUAAAAUGUUUUAAAUGUGAAGCCCACUUAAUGUAAUUAAUAUAAUACAGAACAGUUAAAUAGUGUGUAAUUAGCGAUAUACAACAAUUAUAUUUACUGAACAAUUCAGUACAACAGGAAAGAAAUAUAUAAAACUGAACAGAAUUACAUUAUUUACAUGGUAGCAGGACAGAGAGUCUGUGACAAAGACAAACAUACGUUUCUGUUAGGAUCUACUUUGUGAAACGUACAGUAUAUACAAACAAGGUUUGUGUACCUUGGAUGGAUUUGGUAUUCUGUAAGAUAUUGUCAACAGCAUUAUACUGGUUUAGUGCCUGGAUCAUUAAAAGAAAAGCCAUAACCCCCCCCCCCC